CGCAAAAGUGUAGUCAAGAAGGGAAAAGCUCAAUUGCUACCAGCAGAGGCUAAAUGCGAAGAAAGUAUUUAUGGUGAAGGUGUGUCCCAAGAUUAAGCCGAGAAAAUGAGGGGGGGAAAGUGGGAGAGAAGAGAAGAGGAAACAAAAGACUAAAAGUGGAAAGGCGGAGAAGGAGGAUGGAACAGGAUGAGCGGAGGGGGGGAGAGAGAAGAGGCGAAUGGAGAGGAAGAAGGAGGAGGAAGGAGGGGGUCAAUGUAAUUGACACAAUCCAGAGGGGAGACGAUAACCACGGAGAGAAUCUGGAGAUGGGGAAGGGAAAGAGAAAGAGAGAAGAGAGGGAAGAAGAGGAAGAAGAGGACAGACAACAAGCCCGAGUGGUCGGAGAGGAAAGUUGGAAAGGCCGGGGGAGGAAGUCAUUCCCUUUCGGGCUGAUGGGCGGAGCCGCCGUCUCUCUCUCUUUCUGUCAACCUUAUGGACUUUCUGGAAAUUCCCACUCCCACCGUCCACUUGCUUUGCUUUUCGUUCCCUUCACGGGUGCCUGUUUGGUGCUUUUCUAUGGAUUACAACUGCAAGACAUCAAUCUGACCCGCCAUGACUUGACCGAUCAUUACCCAAAACAACACAAGAUUGCCAGCAACGCUUGGUCGCCGUUGCGGAGAGUGCGUCAAUUCCGUCACCUACUAUGGCCAUGCCAUCAUGAACUCUACCACCAACGAGGCACCCAUUUUCCUGAUGAUCCCGAUUCCCCCAAUGGGCAUGGCUCGAUUGGAGGUGAUUGGUGUGUUGGGAUAGUGCGCCCGGCUUGCAGGUUGAGGCUGAGUGCUGCCUGUCCGAUCCACCAGCGGAGACGCCUCCAAUGCACGCAUGGGUAGUAACCCAUGUCCAUUGCUCGAUUCUCUCACAAUAGGUUAGGUUGAUUCUCUGCGAAUUUGGUAGCUGGUCCCAUAUGG